AUGCCCGCCGGAGUGUCGUGGGGUCAGUACAUGAAGUUCCUUGCCUGCGCCAUGGCAUCUAUGAUGGCCGGAUCUCAGGCAGUGCAUCUGUACUAUAAGCCACUGGAGGAUCUGCCCGCCUAUAUCGAACGGGAACAGCACAACACACAGGCGGAUCCUGCAGCAAAGCCACCGGACGCUUCCUGAAAUCGUGUACUCGGACAAUUUACUGGUCUAUAAAGCUAUUUAAGUUUA